AGCUUUGUCAUCCCUCCGCGCUUGUCAUUGUCAACAAUAUGGUUCCGUAGACGUCGCAUCGUCGUGCCGAAUCGCACGCGAACAGAUGUUGUUCGCGACCGCAAACGCGACUAGUCUCGCUGGCGGUACGCCGGUUCCCUCGCGGCCGACAUAGCCGCGGGUGAAAGUACGCACGAAGGACGAGUACGCGGUGCGCGUAAUUUCAUAACCUAAACGAACGAUGAGCUGUCCAACGGCGCUGCGCGGAGUGACCGCGACGUGAAUCCGUUUCCCCUUCGCGAACCUACAUAAAUUCCUCGUGAAACCUCAUUCCUCGCGUCGACGGCUCCGGAAAUGGCGCAUCCAGUGGAACGUCUCAGAAUUUACUUCGUCACGUACAAUGUGGCCACGAAGUUCCCGGAUCCCAGGCAGGAUCUUCACCAGCUCCUGGGCAUUACAUCUUGCGACGAAUCAAAGCUGUGGCCGGAUUUAUACUUCGUCGGUUUACAGGAAGUUAAAUCACAACCGCAGAAUAUAGUAUUAGACUUUAUACUGUUUGAGGAUCCCUGGACUAAAGCCUUCAGGGAUGUGCUGAAGAAAUACGAUUAUGUAAAAAUACGUUCGCAGCGGAUGCAAGGCCUUGUUUUGAAUGCUUUCUGUCUGAGGAAGCAUUUAACGUGUUUAAGAUUAAUAGAAGCUCAAUAUACCAAGACAGGGUUUGGUGGCAUGUGGGGAAACAAAGGUGCAGUGAGCAUAAGAAUGAACGCUUAUGGGGUUAGUGUCUGUGUAGUGAAUACACAUUUAACUCCCCAUGACCACUUAUUAGCCGAUAGAAUAUCAGAUUAUAAUACCAUUGUGACAGAUCAUACAUUCACUGCUCCAUGUACAUCGAGAAUAUUAUAUCACGAUUAUAUAUUUUGGAUUGGUGACUUAAACUUUCGGCUCAACGGAGAAGAUUUAACUGCCGUCGAUAUAGACUUACUAGUGAAGAAAAAGCAAUUAAAGAAAUUGCUCGAAAAGGAUCAGCUAAAACUAGUAAUGAAGGAGCAACAAGCUUUUGCCGAACUAAAUGAAAGUAGCAUCACAUUUCCGCCUACUUACAAAUACGAAUUUGAAUCCCAGGAAUUUGAUCUCAAGCGUAGACCGUCUUGGACUGACAGGAUUUUGUACAAAGUAAAUGCAGCGGAUAUAUAUGACGAUAUAGAAAUUCAUGUUGAGCAGCAUACUUACGAGAGUCAUCCUAGUUACAGUGUCUCAGAUCAUAAACCUGUAACUGGAGAGUUCGAUAUCGUGGUCAGAUCUAAUGUAAAAGAUCGCAUCGUGGAAUUUCAGGAUUGCACUGUAGAGGAAAAUUUUAUAUCCUACAAACUGCAAAGAGAUUUCACGCCAAAUAAUAGCGAUUGGAUAGGUCUCUUUUCUAAUGAAUUCUCCAGUUUAGAUGAUUAUAUCAUUUAUGAAUAUGUUAGCCGCAAUAAACUGACAUCAGUUUCUGACGAAUCUCACGCAAACACGGAACGAAUAUCCUACAAUGAUUCGGCGCUUCGUCUAUCGGAAAUGUAUUGCUUGGUGUAUGUAGCUCAACGAGGAGAUCUUAUGGAGAUUUUGGGCGUGAGUCCAGAAUUCGCAGGUCCUCGUAGAGCAAUUGAACAAUGCGUGUCAUCGUCCACAUAAAUUUUUUAUAGCACUUAAAAAUAUUUGUCCGCAAAAAAUCAAAUAUCGAGCAUUGUGUUUCUUUAGAUGAAC